AUGUUACCGCUGCGGAGCGAGCUGGGCCAGGCGCCCGCGGGGGCUGUUGGGGUCCGGCCGCCCAGCCGGCCCCGGGCGGAGCUCAGCCGCGGCAGCGCGCGUUCCGCCGCCUCCUGCGGCGCGACUGUCCCCACCUCGGUUUGUGAGCACUCUGUGCACCAGGAAAAAGAUGCUAGUAACAGAACAAACACACCGGAUGAUUCAGAGGGGAAUGAGAGUGAGGAGAAGGCUGAUGAAGAUAGCGAGAGGGAGGAAGAGUGGGAUACUGACCUUGAAAUAGAAGAAACCAAGGAACCUUUUGACCCAACUGGAAAGACCAGAUACAUAGCAGCCUGUCAACUAUUUGGGGUGGUACCCAUAUCUUAUUUCCUGCGUCACAUGAAGGACUCUGAGCUGAUUAUGAAGCACCAUGGACUUGGCCCCCAGGGUGCCAAAGCCUUAUCUCUUUCCUUGAUGACCAACACCUCCAUCGUAAAGUUAAACCUGAGUGAUAAUUGGCUGAAUGGAGACGGUGCAGCUGCAGUUGCAGAGAUGUUAAAAGAAAACUGUUACAUUUCAGAUGUUGAUUUAUCUGACAACAGACUGGGAGUUAAAGGAGCCGCGGCCCUUUCUGCUAUGCUUCUGGAGAAUACAACAGUUGUUACCCUCAAACUUUCAGGAAAUGAAUUUAAUGACCAUGCAGCUAAGUACCUAGCCGAUGCCCUCCCGGCCAACAAUAAAAUGGAAUCUCUGGAUCUGAGUCACAACAUGUUUGGUGACACAUCAGGUGAGCUUCUUGGAAUGGCAAUAGCAGAAAACACUGGACUAAAGGAGCUUAAUAUCAGCUGGAACUACUUCCGUAGCCAAGGAGCAGCUGCCUUAGCCAGAGGCUUUGAGGCAAACGUAUUCCUCAGAGUUCUGGACCUUUCCUACAAUGGCUUCAGUAACAACGGAGCAGCUGCCCUGGGGGAGGCCCUUAAAGUCAACAACGUGCUGGAAGAGCUCAACAUUAGCAAUAACCGCAUUUCAGUGGAAGGAGCUCUGCGCUUUGCAGUAGGCCUGAAAGAAAACCGGACUCUGAAGAGCCUUAAUAUGGCCAGAAAUCCCAUGCAGAGUGAAGGCUGCUUUGGGAUUCUCAAAUCAUUACAAGCAAAUUCCGGGGCCGUGGUAGAAAUCCUGGACUUCUCAGAGAUCCCUGUGAACAAAGACUUUGCAGACCUGUGUGAUGCUGUGAAAAUGCUUUUCCCAGAUCUUCAGAUCAGACAUGGUGGAAAUGCAACAUUGCACAGAAAAGACCAACCGAAGGUUUCCCAGGAAUUUUCGUAACACUACAUGUGCUCAGUGGAAUCAAAAGUCUUCCUUUUAUUUGUGACUGGAAUUGGAUGAGCCUUGGACACACCAAAAUAUGUGACCCUUUGAUGAUUCUUUCUUUUGAUCUAUCUUAC